GCUGACCCCACGCCGUUAAUACAUUACCAGGCCCUGCCGCUCUGUGGGCAAAGGUCUGACCGAGUGCACUGCCUCUGUGUCAUCUCUGUCACCCUACACCCUUGGGCAGGGCCACCGCGAAAUGAAUGAGACCUCUCCCUGGGGAGCACUGGGUGAGGGAGCACGCAGCCCUGGGGCUGGGUUGGGAAUGGAACAAGAUCCCUCCUCUGCUUCCCGCUUUCCCCCCACAUCAGACCACAGCCAUUGUGCCCAGCUGUAUCCUCCCCCCCUCGAUCCCCCCCCAAGCCCUGCUGACGGCGUGGUCCUGCAGGGCAUACUCACAGGAUGCUGAGGGCAGCUGGUUCCGCUCCCUGUUUGUGCACAAGGUGGAUCCACGCAAGGAUGCCCAUUCCAAUCUUCUGUCCAAGAAAGAGACCAGCAACCUCUACAAGAUCCAGUUUCACAAUGUGAAGCCAGAAUGUCUGGAUGCCUACAACAGCCUGACGGAGGAGGUGCUGCCCAAGCUUCACUCAGAUGCCGAUUACCCUUGUGACCUGGUUGGGAACUGGAAUACGUGGUACGGGGAGCAGGACCAAGCAGUGCACCUCUGGCGCUUCUCUGGUGGGUACCCAGCCCUCAUGGACUGCAUGAACAAGCUGAAGCAGAAUAAGGAGUACCUGGAUUUCCGCAAGGAGAGGAGCCACAUGCUGCUGUCCCGCAGGAACCAGCUGCUGCUGGAGUUCAGCUUUUGGAAUGAGCCCCUGCCCCGCAAGGGGCCCAACAUCUACGAGCUGAGGACCUACAAGCUCAAGCCAGGGACCAUGAUCGAGUGGGGCAAUAACUGGGCUCGGGCCAUAAAGUACCGCCAGGAGAAUCAGGAGGCAGUGGGCGGCUUCUUCUCUCAGAUCGGGGAGCUGUAUGUCGUGCACCACCUCUGGGCCUACAAGGACCUGCAGUCCCGUGAGGAGACAAGGAACGCGGCGUGGAGGAAGCGGGGCUGGGAUGAGAAUGUCUACUACACGGUGCCGCUGAUUCGGACAAUGGAGUCCCGGAUCAUGAUCCCCCUGAAGAUCUCCCCGCUGCAGUGAACUGGGACACGUGCUGCCUGCCCCAGCUCUGCUGGGAAGUGCUGGGGGCGUCUUCUUCCAUUUUGGGGUGUCUUGAGGGGGGUGGGGGGGGGGGAAGGGGUGAGAGCCCGACCCCCUGGGCUCAGCUGCCCCCUGUUUGUGGGGACCUGCAGGUGCCGCAGUGCACCCCGUGUUGCCAUUGGCCCUCCAUGCUGGGGGCAAACCCUCAGAAGCCCUCCUGAGAGGUGAGCUGGGGGCUGCUCAUAAUUACUGCUAACGAGCUGCUCGUCGGAUGCCUGUCCCCGCCGGGCUGUGGGAUAUCACCAAUUAAAUAUUUAAUUGCCA